AUGCGACCGGCGAUAAACUCUGAAGCUCCGCGCGAACCGCAUGUAUACAUUCCGCAUCACGGGGUGUACCGCGAAAAUAGCACAACAACACGCCUCCGCGUUGUAUUCAACGCCUCGAGUGUUACUUCGAACGGCACCUCGUUGAACGAUUUUCUACACGUGGGUCCAAAGUUACAAACGGACAUCACGUCUGUUAUUUUACAAUGGCGACGAUACAAAUACGUAUAUUCGGCCGAUAUCGCGAAAAUGUAUCGCCAGAUUCUCGUCGAUCAUCGCGAUGUCAAUUAUCAAAGAAUUCUGUGGGCAUCAUUACCGUCGAACUCUCCAACCGAAUAUCAAUUAUUAACGGUUACCUACGGAAUGUCAUGUGCGCCGUUUCUAGCACUUCGGGUUUUGAAACAACUCGUCGAAGACGAAGGUCAACACUUUCCGCUCGCGAUCCCUAUUCUCCGCGAUAAUAUUUAUGUCGAUGAUGUGAUAUUCGGCGCCGAUACUCCGGAUGUUGCUAGGGAGAAACGAGACCAGGUCAUUUCGAUAUUGGCCAGGGGCGGCUUCAAACUUCUAAAAUGGGCGAGCAAUUCGCCCGCUCUUCUGGCCGACAUUGAUCUAGCGGACCACGGUUUGGCGGGAAAAAAGCCAUUAGCUCGGGACGAGCAACUCAAAAUUCUCGGCAUUGGGUGGAGUCCCGCGCUCGACAGUUUCGAGUUUAGCGUUUCAUUAGCAGCUACUGUACCGAUAAGCAAGCGUACAAUCUUGUCCGCUCUUGCAACUUUAUACGAUCCACUCGGCUGGGUCACCCCGGCAACUAUUACUGCCAAAAUAUUCAUGCAGCAGCUUUGGCGCCUCAAAGUCGGCUGGGACGAUAAAAUCUCCGAGGCACUGUUGUCUCAUUGGACAGAAAUCUACUCUCGGUUCGCGUAUCUCAGCCAUGUAAAGAUACCUCGCUGGUGCGAGAUCGGCUCGGAGAACGGGCACGCGGAGCUUCACGGAUUCGCUGACGCGUCGAACAACGCGUAUGCCGCAGCGGUCUAUAUUAAAGUUAUCUCUGAAUCGCGCGCAAUUACGGUCACACUACUCGCCGGAAAAUCUAAGGUCGCGCCUUUAAAACCGCUCAGCAUACCUCGCUUAGAAUUAUCAGCCGCAUUGUUGCUCGCACGCCUUCUUGAAUUCGUCCGUGAAACAAACGGGUAUCACGACCUCCCGUGUUUUUGCUGGACGGAUUCCACUAUCGUUCUCGCUUGGGUGACGCAGCAUCCGUCGCGAUGGAAGACGUUUGUGGCUAAUCGCGUCAACGAAAUUCAGUCGCGUCUUCCGAACUGUCAAUGGCGACAUGUGUCAACCGAAGACAAUCCCGCUGAUUGCGCUUCGCGGGGAAUAUUCGGUGACGAGAUUAUAAAUCACGCGCUCUGGUGGCGCGGUCCUCCUUGGUUGCAAUUCGAUCCCGAUAAAUGGCCGCGUCCCGAUCCGUGUAUCGCACCGACUGCUCCUCUCGAAGAACGAAUUGCUUCUCUGCAAUGUUCUCAACGGCGUGAUCCGUGGGAUCUGGCCUCGAGAUAUUCCUCUUGGCCAAGAUUAAUUCGCGUUACCGCGUACCUCCUUAAGUUCACCCGUCUAUGCCGAUCCGUUUGUUCCCGUCGGAAUGUUAACUGCUCAUCGUCUACGCCGAUGCCGAAGCGAUAUCCGAUCGUCAAAGGUGUCGUACUGUCGGCCUCUGACUGCAACGCAGCCAAGACCUUCUGGAUCAAGCAAAUCCAAGCGGCAUUGUUUGCCACGGAAAUAAAUGCCUUGGCGAACAAUCACUCCCUCAAUUCAAGAAGCUCGAUCUUGUCUCUUCGACCGUUUCUCGAUCAGGACAAGGUUUUGCGC